CAUAUUCGAUCCACGGUAACUAUCGUGAGAAGCUGUAAAAGGAUUUUCGAUUCUACCUUUUCCACAUCAAAAUGCGAACAAAGAAGGCAUUUCUUCUUUUGACUUUCAAUGUUUUGAUUUAUUUGGCAGCGUGCCAAGAAACUGAACGUAUUCUUGCCAAUAAUGGAACUGAGGAUAAUGAGAUUACAACAUCAAAAGGUGUUUCUCCCAACACAAAUCCGCUAUUUCUUUCAAAUUCGACUGCUGGUUUAUAUGAUUCGAAAGGAAGAAUUCGUUUGACAAUUGGACAUAUUGGAGCAAUUGGAGCAUUGAGAAAUGAUGUUAAGAUAUUGGAAGUUUCACAUAAAGCAUUGCAAGCUGAAGGAAUAUUGGAUGAUGAUCUUGAUGUCGAAAUAAUAUCGCAAACUGGAUGUGGAGAAUCAUACGAAGGAGUUGCUGUGGCAGCUGAUAUGUAUCACCUUCAGAAAGUUAAAGCAUUCAUUGGACCCUACUGUAAUGCUGAAAUGGAUGCAGUUGCAAGAAUGGCUGCAUUUUGGAAUAUUCCAAUAAUUGGUUAUAUGGCUGCAUCUAAUAAUUUGGCAGAUAAGAAUGCAUAUCCAACACUUGCAAGAAUUUCUUUGAGAACUACAAACUCAAUUGCGGAGGCAACAUGUGCAAUGCUUCGUCAUUAUGGUUGGAAUAAAGUAGCAAUUAUUACAAACACAGGAAUUCUUGCAUAUGAUAGAGUUCUUUCAUUUGAAGAAGUUUUUCAUCAAAGAGGAAUUAAUGUUGUUAAAAAGAUUAUGUUUGAUGAGUUUGCUGAUUCCAAAGCAAUGAUUGCUUCUGGUUUGCUGAAUGAUAUCAAAAAUUCGGCGAGAAUCGUUGUUUGCCUUUUCUCGAAUACAAGAGAAUCGUCUCGAGAGUUUUUGACAGCAGCAAACACACAAGGAAUGAAUGUAAAUGAAUAUGGAUACGUGUUCCCAUGGCUUCAAGAUGGUGGAAAAGAUGCUUCUCCAUGGACUGGAGCAGAUGGUUCAAUGCUUCAAAAAGUCAAGGAUCAGUAUGCGAAUGCUAUAAUCAUCGAUGACGUUAACAGUUUUGAUAAUACAAUUGUAGGACCAUUUAUUGAACGAAUCAAGGAUGUUGGGUUGACAGAAGCUGAUGUUGAUAUUGCCAACAUUUAUGGAUAUCUAUACUUGUUUGAUGCUCUAAAACUCUAUGCAAUUGCUGCCAGAAAAGUUUUGAAUGAAACAGGAAAAGCUGAAAAUCUUUUGAAUGGACGUAUGAUGUGGCAAAAUAUGAGAAAAUUGAAAUUCGUCGGUAUGGUUGGAGCAUCUGGAAUAGCUUCAGGACAAGUAUCAAUGGAUGAUAGAGCUGAACGUGCUCCACUAUAUCGUGGUUUCUUUGUAUCUCCAAAUUCUGAUAGUGUACUUCCAAUGGUUCAUAUGGAACCAACAAUGUUAGAUAAUUGUGAUGGUAUUGCAAAUAAGUCUGGUUGUUAUGAAAUUGUUGUCACUGAUAUUAUGAGAGACUUUUGGCCAUCAGUUGAUAGGAAAAUGCCAAAGGAUGAACCAGACUGUGGAUAUCGAAAUGAGAGAUGUGAUUAUACACUGAUUAUCAUUGGAGCCGCACUUAUCCUCUUAUUUAUCGUCGCCGCCGUAUCAGCUUUCUUUGCCCAAAAGAUUUUGGAAAAGCGAGCAUUGGACAAACUCCCAUUCAGAAUUUAUCGUGAUGAUUUGCAAUUUAUUGAUGAAGAACAACUCAAGAGUAUGUUAUCAUUGGGAAGUACACGUACUAAAAUGAGUAAUAUGAAUUAUGGAUCAAGAAAUCAUGCAAUUGUUGGAACAAAUACUCAUGCAAUUUAUCAUAAAUAUGUUCAAAGAAGACCAAUUGUGUUUAAUAGAGCUGAUAAAACAUUGAUACAAUUGAUGAAAGCCGCUGUUCACGACAACAUUAAUCCAUUUUUGGGAAUGGUUUGGAACGAGAGAGAAGAAAUGUUAUUGGUGUGGAAAUUCUGUUCUCGUGGUACACUUCAGGAUAUUAUUUACAAUGAAAGUAUUCAGUUGGAUACAAAAUUCCAUGGAGCCUUUAUCCGAGAUAUUCUGGCAGGAUUGGAAUAUUUACAUGCUUCCCAGAUUGGAUAUCAUGGAUCUCUUACACCUUGGUCAUGCCUUAUUGACAGAAAUUGGAUGAUUAAGCUUACAGAUUAUGGAAUAGCUGAUCCUUUGGAACGAUGGGAAAAGAGUCAAUCAAUUUCAAGAGAUGGUUUGACUAGUGAUGAUGAUAAAUCUCAAGCAACACAAGCUACAAGUAUUCUUUAUGAAUCACCGGAAAUGCUCAAAAAUCGAGAAAAGAAUCGUGUUAGAAGAGUAGAUCAAGAUUGGAUGAGACAAACACAGACUCGGCGGCAAUUGGGAGAUGUAUAUGCAUUUGGACUUGUGAUGUAUGAAAUUAUAUUCCGUGCACUUCCAUUUCCAGAAGGAACUAAUCAAUCAGAACUUGUUGAAUGGCUAAGAGAUGGUUCAAAAGUUGUCAAGCCAACGAUUCCACAGAAUAAGGUUCUGAAUAUGGACUUGUCGGCUUUAAUUCAAGAUUGUUGGAAUACAACUCCUGAAAUGAGACCUUCGCUCAGAAGAAUUAAGUUGAAUGUUGAAACUUAUUUGAAUAUAAAGGGUUCUCUUGUUGAUCAAAUGACAAGAAUGAUGGAACAAUAUGCUAAUAAUUUGGAAAAACUGGUCGCUGAAAGAACUGGAAUGUUAGAAGAAGCCAACCAACGAGCAGAUCGUCUUUUGAGUCAACUGCUUCCAGCUUAUGUUGCAAAUGAAUUGAAACUUGGAAGACCGGUUCCUCCGAAAACCUUCACUAGUUCAACAGUGCUUUUCAGUGACAUUGUCGGAUUUACGGAAAUGUGUCAAAAUGCUUCACCUCUGGAAGUUGUUGCUGUUCUCAAUGGAAUAUUUGAUGGUUUUGAUCAAUUUAUUGCAAGAAAAGAUGCAUAUAAAGUGGAAACAAUUGGAGAUGCUUAUAUGGUUGUAUCAGGUGUACCAGAAGAAAAUGGACAUAGACAUAUUAAUGAGAUUGCGAGUAUUGCAUUGGAUGUUCAUAAGUUUCUCUCGGAGUUUAUUGUUCCACAUAAACGUGACACAAAAGUUCAAUGCCGUCUCGGAUUCCAUACAGGACCAGUUGCAGCUGCAGUUGUUGGGCUCAAUGCUCCAAGAUAUUGUCUUUUUGGAGAUACUGUAAAUAUGGCAUCAAGAAUGGAAAGUAACAGUGAACCCGGAAAAACUCAAAUUUCUGAAACUGCAAAGAACCUUUUACUCAAAGAAUAUCCCGAUUAUAUUUGUGAACAACGUGGUGAAAUUCCAAUCAAAGGAAAAGGAUUGUGCAUGACAUAUUGGUUAAUGGGAACAAAAUCAGAAGGAUCUGGACGUAGUGGAGCAUAUUUGGCUCCUUCAAUGAAAUCGGCUGGAACUGGUUUCACAGGAAUGCUCGGAAAUUCAGCAAAUGAUUACUCAUUGAAUCUCAAAAAUCCAACAGGAUUGCAGAGAUAACCAUUCGAAUUUGUACAAUUUUUGAACUUUUAAAAAUCAUAUUAUAUUCUUUGAAAAUAAUAGUUCGUCUUGCAUUUUAAUUAUCAAACUCGCAUUUGUAUUUUUCAAUAAAAACGUUUUUAAAAA